AUGUCAUUGUGGAACCAAAGAUCUUUCAAUUCUCAGAAAACAUCUAUCAGUCAAAAUCAUGGGAUUUCAAAUGAGUUAUACAAUGCGACUAUCGGAUCUCUAUUCGAAUUGAGCGUAAUAAUAGGGUAUCGAGUGGAAGCCGUGCGAAAGAACUUCCGCAAAGAUAUCUGUAAUGUGAGGAGCUACGUAUACCCAAUCUUAGGCUUUGGUGAGUUCCUUAAAUCAUAUCGUUAUUGGGGGUUCGCGGGGAUUAUUGGGGUUUGUUAUAUGUUGCUAUUCCUGAUGCUUACAACGUUUUAUGCGACAUUUUUAUUACCGAUUCUUUCUGCUUGGCAAGUUGUAUUGCUUGGGCCCAUUGGCAUGGUAAUCAGCAUUAUACAGAUGGUAUUGCAGUGCAACCUAUGGUCAGUCAGAGGCGUGAAGUGGUUUGUAUUACCCGUAGUCAGAGAAGAUAUAUUUGAUACAUACCUACGGAAAAAAGGGUAUGGACGAGUCUUGGAUGUUUUGAAGUUACGCUCAGUUCCAGUGCCACCUACAUACCACAAAAACCAUUUGGAAUUUUGGAUCUAUCAAAUACCAAUUCAAAUAUUCCUUGUGACAUGCUCAAUAUCCAAUUCGAUCUUCAUCGUAGCAUUUUCGCUUAUUCCCAUUAUUGGUCCAACAACAGCAGUCAUCCUUUUAAGCCCUAAGAGAUCUUAUAAUUAUUAUAAUACCUGGAUGAAGCAAUUAAGAAUGACCCGAAAAAUGAAGAUUGAUAGUUAUUACGAAAAAUUAGGACAUCAUAUGGCAUUCGGUUUAUCCUGUGGUUUAUUUGAACUUUUCCCAUUACUUUCUGUUAUUGGAAUAUGUAGUAACGUGAUAUCUACAGCGUUGUAUGUUGAGAAUGAGAUCCAAACCACCUUGGUUAAUAUAGAUAUGUCAGAGCUCGAAAACCUUCAAAUCACUUUAAAAUCUUAA